UCUCAGCGAUCAGCAGUCCAGAGUGUAGCCAGCAGACAUGCCGGAUCCACCAGAGGCGCCGCCGCCGGAGCUCGCCGGCCGCGGGUGAAGAAGAAAGUGCGGCCUCGCGUGGCCCGAAGAGGUGGCCCGGAGCGGGGAAAUGGCGGCAACGGGGCUCAGCGUGACGGUCACCCACAGCAAUGAGAAACAUGACCUUCAUGUUACCCCACAACAGGGUGGUAGUGAACCAAUUGUCCAAGACCUGGCCCAGGUUGUUGAAGAGGCCACAGGAGUCCCACUGCCUUUUCAGAAACUCAUAUUUAAGGGAAAAUCUCUGAAGGAAAUGGAGAAGCCAUUGUCAGCACUUGGAAUACAAAAUGGAUGCCGGGUCAUGUUAAUUGGGAAAAAGAACAGUCCAGAGGAAGAGGUAGAACUAAAGAAGUUGAAAGAUUUGGAGAAGUCUGUGGAAAAGGUAGCUGACCAACUCAAAGAGUUGAACAAAGAGCUUACUGGAAUCCAGCAGGGUUUUCUAGCCAAGGAUUUGCAAGCUGAAUCUCUCUGCAAACUCCAUAGGAGAGUAAAAGCCACAACUGAGCAGUUUAUGAAGAUCUUGGAGAAGAUUGACACACUAAUUCUGCCAGAAAAUUUCAAAGACAGUAGACUGAAAAGGAAGGGUUUGGUGAAAAGGGUUCAGGCAUUCCUAGCUGAGUGUGACAUCGUGGAACAGAACAUCUGCCAGGAAACAGAGCUGCUGCGGUCCACAAACUUGGCCCUGGCCGAGUGAAGGGAGGCAGAGAGGCUAUGCUGCCCUGAAGAACACCACCACCAGUUCUGUCUUCUCUGGAACAGAAGCUACCUGAUUUCGCUAAGGCUGUUAAGGACAGUUGGCCGACUGCCAAUUUUCCUACUCCUACACCUGUUCUCAGUGAACAAGUAUUGUCUUUAUAAAAAAA